CUGCAUAUGCAGGGCUGCCUGCUGACUUCAGCCGGCUGGACCCGAACAUGCAGAGCUACAUACACCACCUCGCUUGGGGCCAUUUCGUGGAACAGCACAAACAGGUGCAGGACACGCAGCAGCCAGCAGCCAGCGCUGAUAACAAUUCCUAUGCACAAAUCGUGUCGAACCUCAACAAGGACAACGUGAACCCGUAUAGUGCUAAUGUGCCGCUCUUGCCGCCCAUCGAGCCCGCCAAAGAGGAACCGAAAAACACCGCGGAAAAUGAAGUAACAAAAGGUUUGCUGUCAUUGGCCGCUGCUUACGGAUCAGGCUCAGACAGCGACACUUCCGGCUCGGAAUCGGACGAAGAGAGCGCAGAAGCCUGCAGCAUGCCGCCAACCGAUAUGCAGACGGUGAUUGAUAAAAUGGCCGAAUACGUUUCGAAAAACGGCGAGCAGUUCGAGGCAAUCAUCAAGCAAAAACAGGACCAUCGAUUUGUCUUCUUAAACAAUGACCACAAGUAUCAUCGCUAUUACAAAUCCAAGCUGGAAUCCUUAAGCAACAAAGCGAAAGCGCCCCAACUGAAAAAUCCCGCCCCAAAGCCGAAACAGAAAAAACCCAUCGCCCCUGUGAGCUUCUCGAUAAAGAAGCCCAAGGAAGAGCCUUCAAAGGAAAUAAAAAGCGCACUACCAGUCGAAGACUCAUCUGAGGAAGACUCCUGCACUGACACAGGCCCUAAGAGUCCUUCAGAGCGGUUGAAGCUCAAUAAUAACACGUGCAGUACGACUAAGGAACCGGCCAACCCAAAAACGAUUUACAACAUCGGCCAAACUCUUCCAUCGCAAGUGGAACCGGACAAAGAAGAGACGCAGGCAACAUCAGUGGAAGAUCUAACGGCUAGUCCCCCCAACCCGCCAAAGCCCCCAAGUUCUACACCAAAGCGUUCGAGAACCCCCAAAAAGCGAUCGAGGUCUAGAACCAGCUCUCCAGUGCCGCUGAAAAGGGCCAAGUCUCGAUCGAAGACCCCCAGCACCAAGCCAAGGACCAAGAAGAAGUCGCCUGCAAUUGAUAUGUUCGAGACUGAAGAGGCCAAGAAGACAAAUGGGGGCUUGGAUGAUGAUCCGAUUUUGGAAUUGAUCGACUUGGAGAACGACGACCGAACUGCUAAAGAAAAGGCUGAAGACGCCAAAGCGCGCCAGUUGGAACGCAAGCGGAAAGCGGCAAUGUUUCUCAAGCUGAAAUCGGUCGCAUCCUCUAGCAGAAGAACGCACACGUCCAAACGUCGGGCCUCUUCCACUUCACCAGUGAACAGCAGAAGGAACUCUGCAGACAGCAUUAUAUCCAUUCGGUCGAGAAGUAGGACGCGAGAACGGAGCUCAACAAAGCCAAGUCGUCGAUCCAGAGAGCGCAGAAAAGAGGACAAAAAGCACAAAAAAAGUCGCGCCAAGGACAGAAGUCGCAGCAACGAAUCAAGCCGCAAAAGGAGGGACAAGAAGAAAAAGAGGAAACGGUCGAAAUCCAGAAAGAAGUCCAGGAAACACAAGCGCUCCAGAUCUCCAGUCAGGCGAAGCAGGAGCAGCUCCGUUAAAUCACACAUAUCUAUUAAUAGUUCCUGAACUGGUUUCGUCACCGACGUUCUGAUUAAAUGUAAAUAAAAGUUGACGAAUUAAAAAACCUUCUACACACA